UAUUGAGUGAGUCAGCUCGCAAUCUGACGCACAGGAUCGCUCGUUAAUAUUGCUCACAAGCCACAAGCUCUCGUCGCCUCUAUACCAACAGGAGUCAGACAGCACUGACGCGGCCAAAUCAAUCAUCCUUUUCUGUCUUUCAUCGAAACUUACCUCACAUUCCAUAGAAAAAUGGCAGAUCAACUCACUGAAGAACAAAUUGCAGAAUUCAAAGAGGCUUUCUCCCUUUUUGACAAGGACGGUAAUGGCACCAUCACAACCAAGGAGUUAGGUACUGUGAUGAGAUCACUUGGUCAGAACCCUACUGAGGCUGAGCUUCAAGACAUGAUCAAGGAAGUGGAUGCUGAUGGGAACGGAAUCAUCGAUUUUCCCGAAUUCUUGACGAAGGUUAGGAAGAUGAAGGAAACACAAAGCGAAGUAGAAAUGAGAGAAGCUUUCAGAGUCUUCGACAUGGAUGGCAACGGUUUCAUCAGUUUUGCUGAGUUGCGUCGCGUGAUGACGCAUCUUGGAGAAAAGAUAACAGACGAUGAGGUCCAUGAAAUGAUCAGGGAAGCAGAUAUUGAUGGUGAUGGUCAAGUCAACUAUGAAGAAUUCAAGACUAUGAGUAUGAUGAACAGGAGAUGAAGUACCCGAUGAUGGAGGCGAAGAAGAGGAAAAUUCCCCCUUCACUACAACAUCUAGAAUGACCGUGCAGAAAAUAUUACGCAUCCGUUGGAAAAUUACAACUCGGACAACUUUACCACCCGGAUGGGUUACUCCCGUAGGACAAAUACCCAUUUGAACAAAACUUAGUGUUACCCAGACGAUGGUUUCCGAAGGAUAACUUCCAAUCAGAACACUCCGGACAAUUCCUCCUGUAGCAUGUGUAGAACAACAACCCAGUUGAAUAACUAUCACCCCGACAAGUGAUCCUAGGACAGCUCCUCAUUUUGGAGUUGUCCUACCCAGACAAUUAUUUGCCUAUCAAGGACAACUACCCGUAUAUUUUACUGUUGCCCAUAAAGUUGGAAUAUAUUUGUUACCUCUUUUCAUGUAAUGAUUGUGAUAAUGUUUUUUUCCUUG